AUGGUGACAGUGGUGGUGAUGGUGUGGUGGCAAUGGUAUGGGUAUGGUGGUAGUUUCAGUAGUGGUUUGUGUUGGUUUGCGUGCAGAAGUAACAACGGUGGUAAGGGCAAUGGUAAGAGCGGUGGUGGCAGUUGUGAUUGUGGUGGCAGCGGCAACAAUAGUGGUGGCGGUGGUUAUUGUAGCGGUUAUGGUUGUGGUGGUGGUGGUGGCGAUGGUACCGGUGGUGAUGACAAUUGUUUUGGUGAUGUUGGUGGUGGUGGCAACAAUGACGGUGGUAAUGGCGGUGAUGGUGUAAUGACACUUAUUCUUGAUAAAAACAGUAAUGGACGGCUUUUGGAGUGA